ACCUGCGCUGAGACCAGAAGAAGAGAUUUGGACGUUCGGAGGUUAAUAGUUGCAUUAUGCUACAAGAAUACAGUUAUGUUACGCAGUUAACACUAUCUAGAGGAAGUGACAUAAGAAAAAAAAAAGUAAAAUGUUUUGAGCCAUAUUUAGACGGAGAUACAGUUCAGUGAUGGAGCCUGUUGUGCUGAACGCUGUUCCUCCGUACGGGCACGUUAUUGCUAGCGAUACAUGGAGAAAUUCGGCACUGAUUCAGAGCUUAAAGGGUGGAGGUGUGAAGAUCCUCUUUGAGAAUGAGCUCGGUGUGGCAGAUUUUCACCUGCCCAACAAAGCCUGCAUCCUCUACGUGUCUGAGUGCGACAUUAUAGCGGGAAACUGCUACAAGAGGAAGCUGGUUCGCUACAGAAAUGCCAGCAGCCGUUUCCAGCAGCUGGUGCUGGUGGAGAGCACCGGGCUGAGUGAGCAGCACUUCUCUGCAGUGCAGAAGUUUGUGGUAUUGGACCUGGGCCUGACCCUGCUGCCAGUCAGUGGACAAACAGAGGCCUCACAGCUCAUCACUCAAAUUGUUCAGGGGGAGGGCAGAGAGAACCCCUUCAGGAGGAGGACUUCAUCUCGACCAUUGGACCCCCUAGCCCUGUCUCUGGUCCAGCAGGUCCCCGGGGUGGGCAGGGUCAAAGCUCUGGCCCUGCUGCAGCACUUCUCCAGCAUCCAGCAGCUCUGCAACACAACCCCCACUGAGCUGGAGCCCAUCGUGGGCCAGGUUGUUGCUCAACAAGUUCACACAUUCUUUCACAAAUCCACCGCUGCUGGAACCUGAAGGUACCUAGCAGGACUCAGAGUCUGGGUGUGAACCAGUAAGGUUUGGAUGUAAUGGCACCGGUUAAUUUUCCCUUUGCUGUUCUUGAAACAUUGUCCCUGGUGGCCUUUUUCUGCUGCAAUAUGUGACGGGCCUGUUGGGCACAGUUCUGUUGUCUGUGAUAAUUGGGCAACACCAAAACCUUUUGUAGAAACAGUGGCUUGCA